CCAACACCUAGUGUAAGCGUGGCUGUGUAUUGGAAGAGUGCCUCCGUUCACUCCACUUCCAUUCGAUCCAAGCAUUCCCACUCAGAGUCUGGGCAAAAAGAGCUCUGGAAUCAAUCAUGGCGCGUUGGUGGCCAAUUUUGAGCGUUGUGUGCCUCUGCAUGGCAGUCGCACAUGGCCAGGACAAACUGGAGGGCGUUGACGUCGAGGAGGUGUGCGCCGAUCGUCCCGCGGACGAGUACUUCCGCCUGGAGACCGACGGCGACUGCCGCGAGGUGUACAGAUGUACCAAGUCGGGUUUGAAAGAAAUUCAGUGUCCUUCGGGUCUGGCCUUCGACGUGAUCAAGCAGACCUGCGACUGGAAGGCCAAGGUGACCAAUUGCGACGAGAAAGAGAAACCCCGCAAGGCCAAGCCCAUCCUGAAGACGGAUGAGCCCAUCUGUCCCGAGGGAAAGCUGUCCUGCGGCGACGGCGAGUGCCUGGACAAGGAGCUCUUCUGCAACGGCAAGUCCGACUGCAAGGACGAGUCCGACGAGAACGCCUGCUCCGUCGAUGAGGAUCCCAACCGUGCCCCCGAAUGCGAUCCCACGCAGUGCGCCCUGCCCGAUUGCUUCUGCUCGGCCGACGGAACCCGCAUUCCCGGCGGCAUUGAGCCCCAGCAGGUGCCCCAGAUGAUCACCAUCACCUUCAACGGCGCCGUCAACGUGGACAACAUCGACCUGUACGAGGACAUCUUCAACGGCCAGCGGCAGAACCCCAACGGCUGCUCCAUCAAGGGCACCUUCUUCGUGUCGCACAAGUACACCAACUACUCGGCCGUGCAGGAUCUGCACCGUCGCGGCCACGAGAUCUCCGUGUUCUCGCUGACGCACAAGGACGACCCCAACUACUGGACCGGCGGCAGCUACGACGACUGGCUGGCGGAGAUGGCCGGCUCCCGGUUGAUCGUGGAGCGAUUCGCCAACAUCACCGACGGCUCGAUCAUCGGCAUGAGGGCUCCCUACCUGCGCGUGGGCGGCAACAAGCAGUUCGAGAUGAUGGCCGACCAGUUCUUCGUCUACGACGCCUCCAUCACCGCCUCCCUGGGCCGCGUGCCCAUCUGGCCGUACACCCUGUACUUCCGGAUGCCGCACAAGUGCAACGGCAACGCCCACAACUGCCCCUCGCGAAGCCACCCCGUGUGGGAGAUGGUGAUGAACGAGCUGGACCGCCGCGAUGACCCCACCUUCGACGAGUCGCUGCCCGGUUGCCACAUGGUCGACUCGUGCUCCAACGUGGCCAGCGGCGACCAGUUCGCCCGCCUGCUGCGCCACAACUUCAACCGCCACUACAACAGCAACAGGGCGCCCCUGGGCCUCCACUUCCACGCCUCGUGGCUCAAGUCGAAGAAGGAGUACCGCGACGAGCUGGUCAAGUUCAUCGAGGAGAUGCUGGGCCGCAACGACGUGUUCUUCGUGACCAACCUGCAGGUGAUCCAGUGGAUGCAGAACCCCACCGAGCUGAACUCGCUGCGCGAUUUCCAGGAGUGGAAGGAGAAGUGCGACGUCAAGGGCCAGCCCUACUGCUCGCUGCCCAACGCGUGUCCGCUGACCACCAGGGAGCUGCCCGGCGAGACCCUCCGGCUGUUCACGUGCAUGGAGUGCCCCAACAACUACCCCUGGAUCCUCGAUCCCACCGGCGACGGCUUCUCCGUCUAGGGACCGCGCCGCUAUUCUUCCAUCUUCCCAAACAGGAGAACAACUCACAGUAGUUCCACCGAGAGUCUGAUAAACUAAACAACGAAAAGCCCUAACAAACUGUACAAGCGAGAAUUUGUUGAAACAUCCACAGAAAUACUCAAAUUGUUGCCUCUUGCUUCUUGUGUGAUCCUAAACCAGUUUCUUUCCGCUAUUAUUUAUGUGAAUUCUAUUUUCCGACUCCAUCUCUUGUUUUCUCUUCCACUCCACUAUCCAUCUACAUCUGUAUGCUUCUCCUUUAUAUCUAUCUUUCUGUUGAUUUUAAAAGUGAUUUGUUUUAACUUACUUCGCUGCUUCUUUGACCAGCUCAAAGACAAUUUUCACAAACAAACAAAAC